GAGGAGGAAGAGGAGGGAGAGGAGGAAGAGGGGCUCCUUGGGUGUGUGGUGCUCAGGAGACAAUGGAGACAUAGGGGUGCCCAGCCCAGCCCCCUUCAGCUCCCUGCAGAAAAUGGGCAAAGGGAGACGUUUCAAUCCGUCCUUAGACAAUGAUGGAUUAUGGUUCCCUCACAGUGGGGUCCCGCAGAAGACGCAGGAGUCCAUCACCAAGGCCAUGCUCCGAGAGCCCCACUGCCCCCAGGCCUCCCAGCAGAUUCAGGGGAAGCUGCCACCCAUCUACAGGAUCCGGGAGAAGCAAGCCGUGAACAACAGCUUCCCUUUCUCCCUUCAUGACAACCGGCACAGCUUUGAGAACUAUGGGUACUACUUGGAUUGUGGACUGGGCCGAAGGAAGAUCCCCCCAGAAAAAAGGCAACAAAUUUCAAGAAAUUUCAAUCUCUGGGCAUGUGACUAUGUUCCAUCCUGUCUGGAUGGAUUUUCAAAUAACCAAAUAUCAUAUCCUAGUCCGGAAGCUGUGGUAAUCCCAAUUUUCAGGCGCUUUCCCAGGCAAUAUAAGGAGAUAUGGAAUGAUUUUAAGUUGAUUCCUAGGAAGAGUCUUACAGAGUUCUUGGAAACGAACCCAGAAGCAAGGUUUGCUGUUGACGAAAAGGACAGUUCUCCAAAGGAAUGUUAAGCGUUCCGGAUGAAUUUUGAUAGUUUUGUGAUAUCGGCACUUCCGGGACUCUCUUAAAAUGUGUAUUUUCCAGUUCAGCACAACUGUUUGACAUACAUAUUGUUUAGAAGUAGAGGCAGGAUAUGAAUUCUUGUGAGGUCAAAUUUGAUCGCAAUGAUAAUAAAGAGGUUAAAGUCUUUAUAUUAAGAAACCAGAAAGGCAAUACAUGACUUCCUAUCAGUCUUCACCUUUAAAA